AUGAAAAACCAGUCCCUUACCAUCAAGGAGAUUCCAAAACUCGGCCGGCGCAAGGUGCCUCUGAACGAGAAGCACUAUGGCCGGAAUGAGUUGAUUGCUGCGUACAUCCUCAAGGAGACCGGGCAGUCGCGGACACGUAAACAGGUUUCUUCCCACAUCCAGGUCCUCAAGAACACUAGGAAAGACGAUCUCGUCCUGAUGGAGUUGUUGUCGGAUGCGUCGCCCGAUGAGAGUAACGACCCGGAAUGGCUCGAGGCCGCCAUGUCCAAGAUCCGCAAGAUCUUUGACGAAGAGACCCUUCAAGACACCCCACCCUCGCCUGUCUCACCCAUUUCCCCGACCGAUAGCAUCUAUGAGAGGUUCAGCCACAUGGGCUACCAUACCACGACCACGACCUCAGCGCACAACGAUGAUAAGGAGCGGAGGCCGACUCAUAACAGGCAACUCUCGAUCGCCUCGAUUCUUAACCCCGAACCUGAAGAUGACCACCACCACAGCAAUAGCAGCCAGCGUAACCAGCACAUGCAGUCUUCUAGCCCUCAGAGCCGUGGCACCCCCGAGCUCACGAUACAACUCCGACAUGAUGAGGCGUUACCUUCGAGCUGGCACCAGGAGCAUUAUGGACAGGACUAUACCGUGAUGGCUUCGCGGACUGGAUCUGGAGCCUCGUGGCAUGCGUCUCAUGGAUCACGACAGUCUCCUUCGAGGUCACCAGAGCUGGAUGUGGUUGUUGAAGGUCAGGCACCUAUGGGAUACCAUUCGUCCAUGGACCGCCCCAGCAGUCAACCACAACCACAUGCCCAUAACAGAAACUAUACCUACGACCCUACACGCUCACAACUCAGCGAGCGGUAUCCCUUCUGGCCUUGUCAGUACCAAUUGAUCCUUGAGGAGGACCCAUCACAGGGUCAGGGUGGAUCGACGGUGUUGUUUGAGAACUUGACGCCAUUUUAUGACCACCUCCCUUGCAGGGAUGUGAGUGUGUUGGACGAGCCACGAUUCCCAUAUAUCAAGCAGCUCUUUAACGAGAAGCGAGGCACCCUCUUCUUGCAUACUAAGCUCGGAUUGAAUCUGAAGGACUGCUCGUACAGACAGGUGAACCUCUCUUCCAGGAACAUGUUCCAGUCUCGAGAGAGGAUGACAGUCCAAUGUGUGACCAAUGUCUACUCGUUCGGGAAGCAGGUCAUCAACCUCAAGGAGACCCGGCCCGCAGAGUAUUUCAAUGGACGAUAUGUCUACCGGAUUGCGAUGGUUGAUGGGUGGUUGCAGGAUUACCUCCAAACGGUUGGGGAGGGUGGUCGGGAGGAGGAGAUGGAGUCGUUCCUGUAUAAUUUGACGAUUGUUCAAGAGUUUUCGGCUUUGCCUCCUGGUGCGACAGUUGAGGUGGAUGAGGAUGACGAUGACGAGGAGGAUGAGGAGGAAGAGAUGGAGAGGAGGAGGGGUGAUAGGUUGUUCCAGGAUAUCAAGCGGCCUGCGCUUCUGGUGGUUGCUUACGAGUUCUGUGCGGGACAACAAGGGCAUAACAUGCAGUCGCAGUCGUACCGGUUGACCAGCGGACCCCCACCAGCCUCUGUCCGUGCGAGAUCUAACACAUGGGAUCACCCAAUGCCCGCUGUGCCUUGGCACUUGUCUGGAUAUAGUCAUGGUGCGGAUGGUGGUCCAUGGAUACAUGGCGGACCUGGUGGGAUGUAUGAGGAUAUGCGAGGUGGCGUUGGUGGUCCGAUCAAGCGGACGAGUCAGGUUGCUUCUCAGCGCGAGUGGCCCCCACAACCUAAACGGUCCCGAAAGGAGUCGUUCUCUGGGUUCUCGCCUUACUCUUGA